UGCCAAAAAGAGCAGCAUUGGUUAGUGGUAGUGGCGGCUUUUUUGGAGCUUGGAAAAUCCUGGUUUUUAAGCAAUUAAAUUAUGGCAAAUUCAGCAAAAAAUGUAAUAACCGACUGGAAACGUUUGUGGCAAUUGGUUUCUGGCAUACACUAUGAGACACCUGAGAAUACAGUGCUAGAAGAGCUUACAAAUGUUCGUCAAGAAUUGCGUGAUGGUCUGCUGCAGUUUAAAACGUUCAAUGAUUCAAAAACCAAUUUGGAAAAAUUGCUGGCUGAAAAGAAACAGGAGAAGCUUUUGCCAUUUACUCUCAGACUGCAAGAAUUGCUGGAUCUGGAAUCUGUACAGUGCUGGGAAAUUCUAUGUUUUUAUUUGGCCAAUGAAUAUCGUGGCUCUGCCAGUUCACUAACCAAUCUCAUCUCAACGGAAAACAAUAUGACCCAAUUAUUGGAUGAUAUUUGGGGCUACUAUACCCUAGAACGCAUGAUUGUUUUGAAAAUAGUCAAGAAUUUGCUAAUAUUCUAUAGAGUUCCCAAUCAUCCAUAUCACAAUGAAUACAAGGAAAUCGUGAAUAAAAUAGGCAUGGACAAAUUAAGAGAGUCCUAUAUCAAACAAUUGGAGCAUUUGGUCAAUGAAGUGCCUCCACAGAAAUUAACCAACCGAGAGUUUUUCAACUAUCAAGCAAAAUUAAUUAAUUGGUCAGAACGCAAUGCUCGUGAAAUAAUCGAAGUAUCGCAUAUAAUUUUACUUUUGUGCGAUCACAAGCAUUUUAGUAUUGGCGAAAUAAAAUCCCUGUUCAAUUGCUUUAAACAGCAUUCCUUUGGCAGGCAGCAGACCUAUUUGAGUUCAGCCAAUGGUUUACACUCUGAGUUACUUAUGCGUUUGGCCUAUGUGGAAUUGGCAAUUUUUCUUAAAUGUUUGGAUUUGAAAAUGGAUCAAUCAUCCAAAGAAUUGGCAAAGGAAAUUUCUAAAGCCUUAGAUAAGGACGUUACAAGCAUGUGUCAUCAUCCGGAGAAUGGUCCCAUGUUGCUGACAUGGAUGCUACUACAAAUCCAGUAUACAGAUGCAGCAGAAAAUGAAGAGCAGCUUUUGCGUUGUCGAAAAAUGGGCAAAAGAGCAGUGGAUUUGAACUGUUUUAAAUUCAUGCAUGAUUUGAUAUCAAAUCAAAUGUUUAAAGAUGAUUCCAUGGUAUCAAGAAUAGUGCGAAAGACCAUAUACACAUUGUUGACAUAUCUGUGUGACUAUUUCGAUGGUGAUGGUUCUUGUGGCCAACAUCCGCAUAUAUAUGAACUUUUGUGUGAGUUGCUUAGUUGGCCUACAUUAGCUAAGGAAUUUUGCAGCCAUGAAGAGGGUGGUGUGCGUUCCUUAUACGACAGUCUACUGGAAAUGUUUCCUUUAGACUUUGCCCAUUUAUCCAUGAUUGCGGCAGCCUUAACCAAAGCAGGAAUGGGAAGUUAUGUCAAACAAAACCUGGAAGCCCUACCCAUACUCACCGAUCUGCAUGAUGAAAACAAAUUCCAAUUGAAAUCCUUGGGUGGCGAUGAGUAUGUUUUAAGUCAUGUGGUCAAACCAUUUCCACGCAUAGAUUUCUACAUUCCCGAAGGCACUUUGGCCACCGUUCUGGAGCGCAGAGAAGGCUGUUGUGUACACUUUCGAGUGCAGGUUAAUUAUUUUGAUGUGUUGCAUCAUGAAAUCAAUUCUUUGUUGACAGAAACCAUGCACUACCAUGGCGACUACGAGAAUAGUGAACGUGUUCGUAGAGUCAAUGAGGGCCUCAAAUAUUUGAAUGCUGCCCUGAAGAAAACCAAGUCAUUGCAGGGCAUUAGCGUGGAAAUGGUUCAUCCAACAGAAAUGUGCAUUGAUUUGUUGAACAAAUUUAAAGCUGUUCAAAAACCCCCUGUUCAACUCAUGGCCAAUUGUUUGAAUGUAUGCACCGCUUUGCUGCCCUUGGCCGAUGCCGAAAUUUUCAUCAGAGUUAUUAAUUUAUCCAUUUUGCCUGUCAUUAGCAAUGACUCGUUGGGUGACUAUAAGAAAUAUGCCCAUGGUGCUUGUUUUGAUUCUUUGCUGGUGGGUUUCUAUUUGGUGGAUGUCGAAAAGAAGAGAGAAAGCUUUGAGUUCCUGCAAGCGUAUCUGGGGUUUCUUAGAACCUAUACCAAAUUGCAAAGACGCAAAUAUUUUCAAGUGGAGAUACCGGGUUUGAUAUUUUUAUUGCGCGAUGUCUUUCCCCAUUUGCAUGUGUGGCGUUUCAAGUCUCAACUGGAGAAGUAUACCAUAUACGCCGAGAUAAUGGGCUUCAUAUGUGACAUUUUGGAUGAGUUCACCACCCAGGAAAAGGAUACCAAGGUGCCCAAAGCGCAGAUAUUGUUGCGUGACAUUUGCGUCUAUUCAAUGCUUAACAUGGAGAAUGGCAUGAUUCUGUUGCGUUUUGUGGCUUUGGGCAAUGCCUAUUUGCAGCAUUGCAUGGAAAUGGAAUCGAAUUGGAUGUUGCAACAAACCCAUGGCCUUGUUUUAUUGGUAAGGCUUUCGAUGCGUAUUCUCAUGCAAGUUCUGAAGCUGAAAAGUACCAUCUUUGAGUCUUCAGAAUUAUCCUCACUGGAGGCUAUGAUUUACACACAACCCAAGCAGAGGGAUACUCUGCGCAUUAUACCAGUGGUGACUCGUUAUAUGAGCAAUAUAUUUGACAGAUGGUUGCCCAUACUCUCUUGCCGUCUACUCAAAAGAAUUUCCUUGGAAUUCAAUAUGUCUUUGUUGGCUUGUCUGGACAUGGAACCCGAUCAGAUACGCAUGACAUUUUUACAAAAGUUGCCCGAUGAGCUGGAAAGUGAUUCCAUAAAAAUUGCCAUAUUAGAAUUGGUGGAAUCAUGCAUUGAAAAACAACCAGGCGUAACGGAAGCCUUCUUCAAGGUGAACUACAACAAGGAAAAGCGAAUUUUUGGCAAAGAAAAUGACACCCAAAUAUCCGAUAGCAUUGUCACCUUUAUGGAAGACUACUUGGAUGCCGUUAGCAAGGAUCCCCAAAUAGUGGAGCAAAUGCUGCCCAGCAAAGUCAUGAAUUUAUAUCACAUGUUAUGGAAGCAAAACAUGCAGCUGCUGGUCGAUGCUCUGGUACAAAAAUCCGAUUUUUGGGACAAACUGUGCCAGCCCUUGUUUGGGGAAUACAAAAAGAAUGUCAAAGCCUAUACACAGCUAUUGAACAUAAUGGGUUUGGAAAUAUUCGCCAACCACCAUAAGCCCAAUAGUGGCCUAAAAAAGGUGGUGGCCAAACUUUUCGAAGAGAAAUAUUUUGAAAAGUGGAUUGAUUUUGUCUUUGAUUUACCCAAAACAGCAGUCGAUAAGCCUCACGAAUUCAAUCCCGAAGAAAUGCCCGAGUGGCUGUGCAGAUUGCAAGCUUUUAAAAGUUUCAUUUUGAUAUUGUUGAAGAAACAGCCCAGCUUCACCGAAAUACCGCGCAAACAGUUCAAAGUGUUGGCCCAAAAAUGUUUAAACAUCUUGGUGGAGCGUGCUGACUUUGUGGAAGAUCUGCGACCUUUGAUCAUUUUAUCCGAACUGUAUUUGUUUAUUAUUUUGAGUUUCAAACAUGCCUACACCGACUCCACCGAGCAGCAUAGGCAUACGUUGAAGCAGUUGAAUAGCCUGUUGGCCAAAGUGGCUUCCUGCUAUACGGAUUUGCAUGUACGGGCGAAAGAGGCCUGCCUAUCAUUGGCCAUCAAAUGUGCCGAUUUGUUGUCCGAGGAAUUGACCGAAGAUUCUUCGCUCUCCAUGAUGUUUCUGCACUCGGUGGUCAGCAUCAUAUGCUCGGAAUUAAACAAUCUGGAGAAUUGUGUACGUGUGGAGGCCCAGUGUAAAAAGGCCAAUGAGGAGGUGAAAAAUGUUUCUUCGAAUUCUCUGAUACUGUGUUUGAAUCUACUUAAGACUGUAGCAGCCAUUUUUCACAAUGAUGGCUUUGGCAAUUGGGAUUUGCCCUUUAUAACGAACAAAGUAUUUCAGAGGCUCUUAAGUUGUACGGGAGCCAUUAUGCAAUUGCAUAGCAAACAACAGUUGUCUGUGGAGUUACUGGAUGUUUUGAUUGUCUUUGCCAAAGGCAACUGUUCGGCAGAGUUUUUACACUGUGAUGUGGGAGAUUAUUUGUGGUUAAAAUUAUUGCCCCCCAAAGAGCUGUUGGAGGUAAACUACUCACUGCAACCCAAGGAUACCGACUGGACUGUACAAAAAUGGUGGCCUAUUUAUGCUAGAGGCAUUGAAUUGGUCAACAUACUUUUUCAAAAGCACACCUAUCAUUUUCUCAAGGAAACUUUGCAGUUUGUGGGCAUACAUGAGGAAUAUCUGGUCGAUUCAUUGUUGUUGAGUAAACAGUCGCUGGAGCCUUCGGCUAUGCGUCUUAUCAAAAGUUGUGCUACCCUACUGUCAAGUCUGGUGAUGUUUGAGAAACAAUGGCGUUUGGAGCAUUCACAGUCUUUGUUCAACUUGAUGCGUUCCGUACAAAUACUCUUGAGCCAUGCCAUAGCAAUGUUCCAUCAACCCAAGAAUUUGAAAAUUCUUAUAGCCGGACGUCGCUCACAAUUGGAGAUUAUAAGGGAUUCUGAGAGUGCUGGCUUGGUGGAUGAGGCCAUUACAGCUUUCAAUGAUCUAACCGAAAUUAUUAUAUUAUGUGUGAAAUGCCUGCAAGCCUUUAGUCCCAAUUUGGUGGAUUUGAUUUGUGAACCUGAAUUUUCAGUGUUCAAAUGGGAACCCAUAUUUGAGAUAUGUUUUGGAGCUCCUAAAUUAAGUGAAAAUGCGGUACAUCUAACAUUUGGCACCGUUCUCAGCAUCGUGGGUGUCUAUACGAAGGUCUUAAACUUGCAAAAUUACGGUUUCCAUGAGGUACCUCUUAAUGUACUACCAGAAGCAAGUCGUGGCACUGGAGCUGCAUGUUCCAGCCCCAGUUCAAAUAUCACAAAAUCCCCACAGUCACACCAUACCUCACAAAGACCAUUUUCAAAAUCCCUUUCGGUGGCGUCAGUGUCAUCAAUCAACUGCCCACCCAAUGAGUUGUUAUCAAAUCUAGAUGGGGAAUUGUGUUUGGUGGCCUUGGAGCAUAUACUCACAUUGGCUGCCUCCCAAAGUUUAUUGGCUCUGAAAAAUCCCUGUUUACCCACACGAGAGAAACAAUUGAUAAAAAGGGAAAUAAGCAGUGAGCUGUUGUCCUAUCAUGAGUUUGUGCGUAAAAAGGUGUUGAUUGAUUUUCGGGAGCACAAUAAAAUCUGGCAUAGACGUAAGCAUGGUCAAGUGUUAAUGCAAGAAACCGAUAAUGAUCGUGACGAUAGAGAUUCAAAUAUGCCUUCGACUAGUGGGGCUGCCGCAUCCUCACAACGCACACAAAUUCCCGAAGUACAACGUAGGCCACCUUCUUCGGAUUUAAGGGUCAAUGUGGUUAGGCGUUUACAUUUGCAACAACAACAGCACCAGAAAACACCCGGUCCCACGGGUUCGUUCGAAAUGUCUCGCAUAAUCAGUCCCAUAGGUGGGGCAAGUAGCAAAACACAACGACAACAACAACAACCACAACCGCCAGCAGCAGCUUCCACACCGACAUUGCCAAGACCACCGAUGCGCAGACCAGGCCAUGGCGAAAUGCUCGAGGAUGACUACAAUAAGCGUGUCCAUAUGACUGAUGAUGCUGCCAUCAUACUAGAGGUUCAAGAUGAAGAAGAGGGAAUAUAUUUCCCGCCGGAGGAACCCAAAUACAGUGCCCUCUCCUAUAUACAAUUUGUCGAAGAAGACUAUUUACAUUUUAUGUCCAAUUUAUUUUUUGUUAUUUGUCAAAAUGAUUAAUGUUUUGCUUUGAGUUACCAGAAAAAGCUAUUCUCCCAAUGGGCCUCAUGAGAGCUCUUGGCCAAAAUUUUUGUGUUAAUUAUAAAAGUUAAUAAAAAAUUAUUUUUUGAUAACAAUUUUUCCAUGAAAAAAAACAGAAGAACAAAUAAUUGUCGUAUGUUUGCAUUGGUGGUCAUAUGGUUUAGAACGUCAAUGACUUAAAUGCUUGCCUCAGUGCUUCGACAUUCCAAAAAGAUUCACCAUGG